CACGUGGUACACAAGUCUAUGGUAGAUUUUCAUUUCUGAUUUCCUGGUUUUGAUAAAAUUCGUCGAAAUAAUAACACUUUAGAAAAAAUUUCCCAAUCCGGAUUUUGGUGUGUGGAUUUUUCCUGGGACUUGGGUGUUUUUCUGGAGUCUGGCCAAGUGACUUCGUUGAACCAUUUUCCUUUGCCCUGCAGCGGAAUAAUCACGCCCUCCUGGUUCUAUGAGGAUGUCUGAUCCUUCCCAAAUCAACAUGUAUAGUGUUCCAUUGUCGAGUGACAGUGAUUCAGAUGCUCUGGCGCAUAAUGACUUAUCACAAACGAAUCAGAAUGACACGAAUCUCAACCACACCAUAACACAUAGUUUAGAUCCUGAUGCAAACCCAGAUGAUGAAGAGGAAAAGCAGAGGCUGAUUACACAAGUCAUGGAGUUGCAAAAUACUCUGGAUGAUUUAUCACAACGGGUGGAUUCUGUCAAGGAGGAAAACCUGAAACUCAAGUCAGAAAACCAGGUGCUUGGCCAGUAUAUUGAGAAUUUAAUGGCGGCUAGUAGCGUAUUCCAGUCGACCAGUCCAAAGACGAAAAAGAAAGAGUAUCGCUCACUAAGUUGGACUCCAGGCUUGGAUUCCUACGCGCGUUCAGUAUUGGGUGGAAACCUCAUGGCAGCCAUACCCGAGAACAAACCUGAAUCUUCGGGGAAGAAAAAGACGGAUAAAUAGUUGAAAGUUUUCAAGGACUCUGAAGAUUGCUUCCUGUGACGUUGUAAUGGACAAUUUAUUACCGGUUAUGGCAUUUAGUUGCAUUUUAUCACGGUCAAGUUCUUAAUGUUGAGAUGCUUGUGGCUCAGUGUUAUGCAGAUGAAUCAGCUGAACAGAUAUAGACAGUGUGAUGAAUCAAAUUGAUAUUUCUGGUUACAGGCUGCAAUAGACUUGCCGGAAUCCUUGGUGACAGGUGAAAUUGAGAGUUAAAAGGAAGUGAAAGGAGUAUAUUGAUGGCUUAGUAAGGAUUUUCAGUCUCUCAGUUUUCUCUUGUCAGUUUCUUUCCAACUGCCCUAUUCUCAGUUUGUUGUCAAGUGAAUAAAUGACAGAGUCGAUCACAUGUACAGCACAUGAAACAUGUCAAGGGAAAGGUGUGCCUAAAAUUUGUCAAACAAAGGAAUCUGAUGAUACUGUAGACCAUUUUUGGCAACCCUGUAACCUACAUAUUAAUUUGAUUCCCUCAUUGGUUUAGAAAAGUGCACAGUACCAUCAUGCCAACUUAACUUAAAACAAGCGAGCCAAAAGACUCUGUUGUGGACCUGGUCCUGCCAUUUACGUUGCUUCUACAACAUAAAUAUUGGGCAGCUCCCCUGACAUUUUUACGUGUUUUCCUAAAAUUUGCGUAGGUCUGUGCCAUCCUGUAGCCUUUCGAGUUUACUGGCAUAACAGUUUGUCUGGUGCAAAUCAAACUAAAUAGUCACAGGUUCAAAUCGAUUUUGUGCCAAAUGAAUUGUAAGCAAUUAGUUAAUUAAUGAGGUUGUUAAUUUGUCUGUGUGAUGGUACUGUGCAUUCGUGACUUAAAACUUUAGAGCAAAAUUGCUCCUGGAAAACCAGGAAAUUAAUCUUCUGGACAUGAAAAGGGAUUCACAGACGGAAGGACCAUGGAACGAUUUGUAAAUGUACUACAUGUAGCCAGACAUUGGACAAGUUCAUUGGAUUUUUCUGGAAUAUUUGCCGUAGUUAAAGGAUUUGCCUUAGUUAAAGGCAGACUGGGACCACCAUUGGUUUAAUACUCUAUCUAGUCAAUAUAAGUUGACGUAUCAUUAGCUUCAUUGUGAUAAUUUUUUUGUGCGGCACAGCUUUUUUUUCAAAGUUUGAAAAUGUGCUGGUCGUAUGUAUCACUGGUGUACAGGCUUACUUGUUGGCAUUUGCUGAUUUGUGUAAAUGUAGCUUACUUAAAACACACAAUUGCUCACACCAUAUCAAGAAUAAACUUUAUUGCAUGUACAUGUAACUCUGGAAAGUGACCACCAGUAACAUGCUAGGCCAAGCGCCGUCAAGAAUCGAAGUUGACCACCCUGUCAUCUUUUGGUGAGUUGAAAGCAGACCGUUGACUCGGACAUUAUCAAAAGCUCUGUAAACAAUAAUGGGGGAGUUUGAUCUAUUGCGGGGAAAAUAUUGGAGCCCCAGAAAUUGCCUAUGCUACUGAAAAUUUGCCCACUCUAUCACACACCUUUUCAAAACAAUAUUGGAGGUCUCUCGCUAGAUUGAAGUAUUUUAUUUGAGCUUUAAAAUUGUUUUAAUACCGUAACACUUUUAGCCUUCCUACUUCUCUUUCGCCAGAAGCAUUUUCUGUAUAUCAGCUUUUGUUUUGAUAAUAGUAUUUAUGGAUAUACAUAUAAGCUAUAGUCAAGUUUGAAUAAUGUUUUGUAAAUAAGGAAUUUUUAAGUUAUUUGUAAAAUGCGUGAUGACUUUAAUACUGGUCGUGUACGUAAAUCCUAAAAUCUUCUCCUUUGAAGGAGGCAGAGAGGCACAAUGUCAGCAGAUCACCAUGGUAAAAGGUUGCAUAUUUGACCAAUUAUUAGCAGUGCUGUGAGCCAAUUGCUGCAGGAUACAUUGGAUGAAAAGAUCUGGUUCAUAAAAAGGACAAUCCCCAACAUUACAUGUAGCUCACAAUGUCUCGAAAUGUGUAUUCAUUACUAGUAUCAAGAAUUGAUUGAUGACUAGUCUUCAUUAAUUCUUGCUAGUAUUUAGGAGUCAGUGUGCCAGUUUGGUUUAUCACAGGAUGUGAAAAUAAUUGAGACCUUAUUUUCCCGGUAAACAGAGAAUUGGGGUGUUCAUAGCAUAAUACAAUGUCAAUCCAACAAAAUCGCUUCAUGAUAGGUUGCUGGAAUCUGUGAAAUCAUGUCUGAUUUUAAAAUCUACACCCCAAAUUUCUAUUUCUCAAUCUAUUUGCACUCUCUGUUGUCCUUUUUGGUGCAACUCUAUCAGUGAAGUCAGUUUAUCACUUGUCUAUUCAACUUAUCAGUGUACAUUUCAGCUGCAGUGUCACUUUGAUCUAUGUAAUGCUUUCCAUUUACCAAUAAAUGUCUGUAUGUCUACAAAAAAGAA